AUGUCGUUCCUCGAAAAUGCGUACAGCUUGGUCAAGGACAAUGCCGUCGACGGCACCCCAACCGUGCAGGAGCUCAAGACGCAGCUCGAAAAGGGCACCGACGAGACCAAGAUCGAGACCAUGAAGCGCAUUCUUACCAUCAUGCUCAAUGGCGAUCCCAUGCCCCAACUGCUCAUGCACAUUAUCCGAUUCGUAAUGCCUUCUAAAUCCAAGCCCCUGAAGAAGCUUCUAUACUUCUAUUAUGAGAUCUGCCCCAAGCUUGAUGCCCAAGGGAAGCUCAAGCAGGAGUUCAUCCUAGUAUGUAACGGCAUCCGAAACGACUUGCAACACCCGAACGAGUACAUUCGAGGCAACACGCUGCGCUUCCUGUGCAAGCUGCGGGAGGCCGAACUUCUCGAGCCUUUGCUCUCCUCAGCCCGGGGCUGUCUCGAACAUCGCCAUGCCUAUGUCCGAAAGAACGCCGUCUUUGCUGUCGCUUCCAUUUACCAGCACUCCCCGUCGCUUAUUCCCGAUGCUGCGGACUUGAUCUCCACGUUCCUCGAAGGCGAAAGCGACCCAACUUGCAAGCGGAAUGGCUUCGCCGCCCUUGCCAGCAUCGACCACGACAAGGCUCUUCUCUAUCUCAGCACCGUCUUUGACGGUAUUCCCAACGCAGAUGAGCUUUUGCAGUUGGCCGAGUUGGAGUUCAUCAGGAAAGAUGCUGUUGUCAACACCCAGAACAAGGCGCGCUACCUCCGUCUUAUUUUUGACCUUUUGGAAGCUAGUGCCUCGACCGUUAUCUACGAAGCGGCCUCGUCGUUGACGGCUCUCACCAACAACCCUGUCGCUGUCAAGGCUGCUGCCAGCAAGUUCAUUGAGCUUGCGAUCAAGGAGGCGGAUAACAAUGUCAAGCUUAUCGUUCUGGACCGUGUCGAUCAACUCCGCCAAAAGAACCCCGGCGUCCUGGACAACCUGACCAUGGAGGUGUUGCGCGUUCUCUCUAGCACGGAUAUCGAUGUGCGGAGGAAGGGUCUCGAGAUUGCUUUGGAGAUGGUCUCCAGCAAGAACGUGGAGGAAGUCGUGCUUUUGCUCAAGAAGGAGCUGUCCAAGACGGUUGACCAGGAGUACGAGAAGAACAACGAGUACCGCCAGCUUCUUAUCCACUCCAUCCAUCAAUGCGCUAUCAAGUUCUCCGAAGUCGCCGCUAGCGUCGUCGGCUUGCUCAUGGACUUUAUUGCCGAUUUUAACAACAACUCCGCCGUUGAUGUUAUUAACUUUGUCAAGGAGGUCGUCGAGAAGUUCCCUCAGCUCAGGCCAGCAAUCAUUGCGAGACUGGUAGAUACCCUGAGUGAAGUCCGCGCUGGUAAGAUCUACCGCGGUAUUCUCUGGAUUAUCGGCGAGUACUCGCUUGAGGAGAAGGAUAUCAGGGACGCAUGGAAGAGAAUUCGGGCAAGCCUGGGUGAGAUCCCGAUCUUGGCAUCCGAGCAACGGUUGCUGGAUAAUGUUGAUGGUGGUGCCGAGGAGAAGGAGAAGGAGCAGGUCAAUGGCUCAAGGGCAGCGCCGACUGGCUCACGCAAGGUCCUUGCUGAUGGCACAUACGCUACCGAGACUGCCCUUACCAGCCAGUCUACAGCUGCUGCACGCCUGGAGGCUGUCAAGGCUUCGUCGAAGCCCCCUCUCAGGCAACUUAUCCUUGACGGCGAUUACUACCUUGCCACUGUUCUCGCCUCGACCCUUACCAAGCUUGUCAUGCGUCAUGCCGAGAUCUCCUCGGAAGAGGCUCGCACGAACGCCCUCCGCGCUGAGGCUAUGCUCAUCAUGAUCUCCGUCAUUCGUGUUGGUCAGUCGCAGUUCGUCAAGGCCCCUAUUGAUGAAGAUUCGGUGGAUCGUAUCAUGAGCUGUGUGCGCUCCCUUGCCGAGUUCACCGCGCACAAGGAGUUGGAGACCGUUUAUCUCGAGGAUACCAGGAAGGCGUUCAGGGCGAUGGUCCAGGUUGAGGAGAAGAAGCGCGCAGCAAAAGAGGCCCACCAAAAGGCAAAGACGGCCACUCAGGUGGACGAUGUUUAUCAAAUCCGCCAGCUAUCCAAGAAGAAUGCCACUGAUGGGGCUGAUGCUUUCGAUGCCGAUCUCGAGCGUGCCACUGGUGGAGACAACAGCUCGGCUGAGGACCUAUCUGGCAAGCUUAGCCGCGUUGUCCAACUUACCGGUUUCUCCGACCCUGUUUAUGCUGAGGCCUAUGUCAAGGUCCACCAGUUCGACAUUGUACUAGACGUACUACUUGUCAACCAAACAACUGAGACCCUCCAGAACCUUACCGUCGAGUUCGCGACUCUCGGUGACCUCAAGGUUGUGGAGAAGCCGACAAGCCAGAAUCUGGGACCCCACGACUUCCACAACGUUCAGUGCACCAUCAAGGUCUCCUCCACAGAUACUGGUGUCAUCUUUGGCAACGUUGUGUAUGAGGGUGCUCACUCCACUGAUACCCACGUGGUCAUCCUGAACGACUUGCACGUCGACAUCAUGGAUUACAUCCAACCGGCCACUUGCACUGAGACCCAGUUCCGCACCAUGUGGACCGAGUUUGAGUGGGAGAACAAGGUCAACAUCAACAGCAAGGCGAAGAGCCUACGUGAGUUCCUGGACCUGCUUAUGGCGUCCACAAAUAUGAACUGCUUGACACCAGAGGCCAGUCUUAAGGGUGAUUGCCAGUUCUUGAGCGCCAACCUUUACGCAAGAAGCGUUUUCGGCGAGGACGCUCUAGCAAACCUGAGCAUCGAAAAGGAAGGCGAAGACGGACCCAUUACUGGUUUCUUGAGGAUACGCAGCAGAUCGCAAGGGUUGGCCCUCAGUCUUGGCUCCCUCAAGGCAUUGAACAAGAUUGGUUCUGCCGCUUGAACAGAUUUUCUCUCGGGCUAGAUGAGAUGAAAAUGAUGAUAUAUGGGGUGAUUGGGAGGGUUGUAUAGCGAUUAAUUCAUCACUUGAUAUUCUUUUCACC